AGACAACGCGACGCUUGUUCUAAAUACUGUACGAAAAAAAAUGAUGGAAAAAUUUACAAACGUGAGUACGGGAUAAGCCUACAAUUAAUAUGCACGUUGCAAUUAAUCAACUAGUACUGUACGCUCGUUAAUCCGUGCAUGUUGAUUGAAGCCAUAACGUCGUCAUGGCUGAAGGUAUUUGUGAAUCGUUCUCAUGUGAAUCGUUAUGGUAGCUGACUAGCUAGCAAGGUACAAGUCGUAAGCUGCCAGUUGAGGUUCUCAAAGAAGCCAAUGCAAACAAAAGACAUAACUGCGAUUCGACAUCUGAAGAAAGGAUCUGCAUCAAGGGGGAUGAUGGCCUCCAUGUUUUAGAAGGAAGAUACUGGUGGAGUUAACGAUAAGCACAAGAAAAAUCACAACAUAAGGAGUCACACAAAGACCCAGACAAAACUUGACAAGGCUGGAAAUGCACUUGUGGUCGAGCUUCUCUCAUUAGAAAUGCCACAUUGUUGAUCCUAUGAACAUAAUGAAUUCUAUCUCUGAAAUGCAUGUGGAUAGGCCUGUAGAGGGGCAGGUACGUAGGAAACGUGGCCGCCCUCCCAAGAAAUCUAAAAUUCCUUUACAAACUGAACCAUGCCCUCCUAGUUUACAAGGAGCAAAGGAUACAGAUGCAUUAUCUGCAACAACAAAUGUUGCUCCUUUGAACACAAAGUGUGCACAAGUUGUCAAUGGUAACUCAUGCAACACACUUGAUGUGGAACCUUCUCUAAACCAUGAACAUAUUACCUCUGAAAGUCCUAUCUGUGACUCCUCCACUCACGAUCUUAAACCUCCAGAUUCUAUCCCAGUGCCAGAGAAAAGGAAGAGGGGUCGACCAAGAAAAACUCUUAACCCAGCUAUAGGGGGAGCAACGGCAGCUUCUGGUACUCCUGGCGUGGGGGCGCCUGCGAAGGAAUCCACUAAGUCCCCUCCUCACUCAGGUGGGCACGAUGUGACACAAGUCCACCCUGGAGGGAGACCGAGGAGGACGAGAGGGAUACUGCACAAUCUCACCCCAGAAGGAAGGGGACCUCCAGAAGUUGAGGUAUCUAUAUCCAGUGGUAUUUCAGAGAGACCAGAGAUGGAAAAAGUAAGCAGACAUCAAAGUACCCAGAAAGAUAGUAAGGUGUUGAGCAACUCUGCCAGCGUUGAUGACACCAGGGUGCCUGGAAGAAGGAAACAAAUGGAGGAGGAUGGAGUGUUGAAGAGUAUAAUUACUGAUCCUCAACCUGUGGUGGGCCUAAAACGCAGAGGACGACCUCGGAAGAAGUCAACAGUCAUGAGGCAGGUGGCGCUUGCACUGAGAGGAUUACAAUCAAAUGAGGCAGCUGUGACUCCCCAGGAUAGAAAGCUGUGUGGUCCUACAACGUCUGUCAACACCAACCCUGAAGAGUCACUCAAUUCCGGGAUUGAUACAAGGCCAAAGUUGCCCAGGGAUGUUUAUUCUCAACAAGCUGUCAUGUCUCCAGAUGCAGUAGGCUUUCAUGGAAUAAAGUCAGCAAGGACUGGUGAAGUCUUCUCUAAAGUGAAGAUGGAGGAAAUUGAGUUGGAGCUAGACAAUGAUCAUCCAAUGUCAGAUUCUUUACAGCGCUACACAGACACCACUGUGAAAGCUAACCCUGUUAGUAACUGUGAUAAAACUGAAUUUGAAAAGCCAUUCAAAAUUGACAAACGCAGAGGGAAUUUCAAAAUAAUGAGGGAGAUGCAAGAUCUUAGAACUGCAGAACACCAGAAAAUACUUCAGAGCACUCACUUUGGUAAAAAGUCUCGUAAGAAAAAAAGGUCUUGGUGGGAUGACAGAGGGGAUCUCCAAAGUAAGAUCUCAGCGACAGAAUCUCAACCUGACGGAGCAAAAGCUGAACCCUGUAACUCCAAGUCUGAAUCAGAAAUCCCGCCUGGUGAAAAUACAGCUAGUCACCCAAUCAGGAACGAAAGAAGACUGGAGGAUGAAGCUGUAAACAGACUCAAAAGUAGUAAACGCAGGACUCUGCGGCGACAGGGCGACCCAUCAAAGCGCGUGGAAUGUGAGGUCUGUGGUCACACUUUUAAAUACCAAUGUCUGUAUAUUAUUCACAAACGUACUCAUACAGGGGAAAAACCUUACAAGUGUUCUGAUUGUGGCAGGGAAUUUGCACAGGUUUCUAACUUUAACACGCAUAAGAAGAGACAUAAGUACACCUUCCAGUGUCCAUAUUGUAAAAUCAAGAUAUCAAGUGCAAAAGAGUUACGUAUUCACUGCAAGAUGCACAAGGCCCAGAAAUCGAAGACGAGGGACAGAAAGCAAAUUCAAAGCGAUGUCACUCCAGAAGACAGAGAUUCUUCAAAUAACAAAACGUACCCUUGUACAUACUGUGGGAAAGUAUUUCGCUUUACGUCUGCGCUUAGGAUUCAUUUACGUGUACACACUGGGGAAAAGCCAUUCACUUGUCAAGUAUGCGGGAAAAGCUUUACUCAGGGCCAUGUCCUGCGCACUCAUAUGGGGACACACUGGGCUGUGAAGCCGUAUUCUUGUAAUCGAUGUGGAAAACAGUUCUUAAAAAUUAACAUUGCAGAAAGGCAUGCAUGCUGCAGAUACACUGUAAAGCAUGAAGAACCUUCGUUAUCUUACACGUGCCAUGUCUGUAAAAAGACGUUUUCCAAGAAGAGUCACUACAAUAACCAUUUGCAAACCCAUUCUGGUGCCAAGCUUUUCUGCUGUUCGUUCUGUGAUCAGCUCUUUGGUGAUUUGUCCGAGUAUAAUGCACAUAGCCAAGCAUGCUCUGAGGAAAAUACUAAUUCAUCCCUUCCAAGUGUCAAGGAUCAGUCAGCAGCCACACAGUCAGAUGCUCCUUCACCUUUCCUCAGUCAGUCAGCACCGUGUCCCACAUCACUCUCAACAACAUCAGCCUCAUUACAGAGAAGUGAACCCUUGCGGCCACUGAAACCCAAAGGCUCACAGACCCGCCCCAAAAAGAUUGUGUCCUCUAUCCUACCCUUCCAAACAAGCAUCAUACCCUCCCAUCAUUUCUCCCACUUUGUAUCCAAGUUAAACAGACUAGAUCAGAGAUCGGACCCCAGGAAGUACUUAUGCCCACGCUGUGGGCGUUUGUUCAGACACAUGGGGCGGCUCAGGGCCCACAUGCUUACUCAUGCCCGUGACCAGACGUACACCUGUGGCCGCUGCGGCAAGACCCUGGAGAACUGGAGAAAGCUCUGGCAACAUCAAAGCGUCCACCGGCAGAAGACGGGCCGGUUCUCCUGUCCUCAGUGUGGCCGCAGGUUCCGCUUCGUGGGGUCCUAUAAGAAGCACAUGAAGGAACACCCUGAGUACCGGUGGAUUCAGCAGAGGCCCAAUAGAGCCUUCCCCAGCCUCGCACGGCAGCCUCUGCUUCUGCCUUAUCAGUGUGAGGAGUGUGACGCAAGCUUCGAGGCUCUAGAUUUGCUGUUCAGUCACCAGCUUGGCCAUUCCCCCUCACAGUACUCAGAUAAUGGCUGUGACACUGAGUAUCCUUCAGACACUGAAGACCACGACGCACAACCAGGCAUCACUUUAACCCUUAGCCCUCACACGGUCAGCUGUGGAACAAACUCGCCCCCUGGACCGCACCAUCCCUACCAAAACCCCUCCCUGCCUGGGAGUUCUGACCAACCCUGUUUCCUGUCAAAUCAAGCAGACCCACUUCAUGCCCUGUCACCACAGACGAGUGUGGCCUCCUUACUCCAAAGUCCCAAUGUCCCACAAGGCCUCAGACCUUUUCAAACCGACUUAACUCCCAGCAGCUCCACUCCGGGCCCACAGGCACAGACAAUGGCCAGACUACACAAACAAGAAAGUAUUAUAUUUGGGAAGCCAGUUCGAAAGUAUGAAAAAACAACUAAUGUAAACAAUAACGCUUGUUCUUUCAUCAGGACAAGGGAAACCACAGGUGUUGGUGUUAAGUGUGUGGAGUGUGGUGAGAUGUAUUCUGUCAUAUCAGACCUGUAUGAUCAUUACUUGCAGCAUGCCAGGGGAGAGUUGUGAUGUAGAACUUAUGGUAGAAGUACCCUCCCCCUCAAUGUCCCAGGUCAAUCAUGUGUGCCUCUUUGUGAUCAGGAACGCUUUAUGGUCAAAUGCACAGAAGGUUUGGUUCUAUUUUGAUGUCAGGAAUGUAUAGAGACCCUUACUUAAUGCUAGGUUUGAUUUGUUUAUGCUCAAUUUCUAUUAUGGGGUGCAGGUUAUACUACACUUAUGACAAUGAUCACUAAAGGAAACAAGAUUGAGUUAAUUAUGAAUUGAUCAUUCUCUACGGAUAAUAUUGUUAAGUGACACUGUCAUUUUUACUUUUAACUUUUUGUCAAAGAAGAUUUCAGAGCGCUUCAGCCAUUGUGUAAAACAUGUUCUGGUAUUGUGUUCAGUAUUAUUUGCUAGUUAUAAAAUACACAUUUACAGAGAAGACUAACUGCAGUUUUCUAGUUUCUUUUCUUUCUAGUUUCUAACAUUGAAAUGUGUUGAAAAUCAGCAGGCCUACUUCGUCUGGCUAUGUAUCAGUUUGUCAUCCCACAGAAUGUGAAGGACAACAAUAAAGUUGACUUAUUUCAAAGAACAGAACUGGAAAGUUGGUUUCAUGGAAAUACUGUGGGUUGUGUGGAUUGAUUUAUCCCUUCUAACGGAAAACCUUAACAGACAGUUGGAGCACCAUUACAACAUAUCCAUCCAGUCCUUCACAACGGUAUUUUGUAAAGUUUUGACAGUGUUACAUUCAGUUGUUGCGACAGUGUCGUACAGGGUUCUAUGCCUACGUCAAAACGCUUGUCAACGCUAACAUUACUAUUUAUUUUUUACUUAAUGACUUUUUUCCUCUUGAUCUUUGUAGUAUUCUGAGCAACAUAACACACGUGGUAUAUUUUGUAUGUAGAUUGUAACAUGUGACAACUGAACAUGUGCAUGAGGUGGAACCGUCUUUGCAGUCAGAUGCUGAAAGACCAGCUGGAAGGGAACGUGAUGGAUGAUUGAAUCAUUUAAUCCAUGAUACCUCGGGGUGG